UUUGUUGUGCUUCCAGAAGAGACUGAGAAGAGCAAGAGGUACGAGUGGAGAGAUAGUGUAGCCCUGCACUUGUGCUGUUUUCGUUUUCUUUUCCGUUUCAGAUAAUGAUAUUAAGCGAGUGGGUUGAAAGUGGUUGUUGCGAAUAUCGAGUACUUGAAGUAGAGAAGGCAAUCGUUUUAUAGAUUGUAAGGCUAACUGGACAGUAUUUUACUAGUUAGUGUGGACUUUUUUGUUCUCCGUUGUCGUGAGAUGUUAUAAAUUGCAUCUCAUCUGCGGGAAUAGUGAGGAAAGAGAGUAGUGUUUUACUGGCACUAGGUUCCAGUUUUCGAAUUCAGCCAGCAACAACACUGGCCACUAAAGACAGAGCGUGUAUUGGCAUGAGGCCAGACUUACAGCAGUCAAUAAGGCAUACUUCUUCGGAUCACUUUUCAGAAGAGAAGAAUCAACUCAUUUAGUAGAAGGUCGUUGAACGCCGUAUUGAAGCGGCUGGAUUAUCCUACAGAUUGCUUGUGCAUCAUCUCUACGACGGAGACGAACGAGCCUGUGAAGCGGACGCUAGUGGUGCUGGCAGGCCUCGUUUCUUUGCUGUCGCACGUGGGAAAGUUCCUUGAGAGUGGUACCAGAAAAAAGGAAGAGAUGGCUCCGACGCGUAUGAGCCCACCGCAAACCAUGCCGUCGAAGGACGAACUGGCUGUGCUGGAGGCUUCGCAGAAGGAGGCCAAUAAUGGCACCAGAGGCACAAGCACACGUUCAGCAAAGGGAUUGGUUGUUGUUAUGGUUGGAAUGCCAGCAAGGUCCAAGUCAGCUACAGCACAUAAGCUAGAUCGCUACCUGCGAUGGACUGGUGAAAUGUCAAAAGUUUUUACAGUUAGCAAUUACCGACGUAAGCUGGUGGAGCGGUAUGACAACCACAAUCUGUUUCGAGCAGAUAAUAAAGAAGCAAUGGAGAUCCGGGCUAAGAGUGCCCAGCUUGCCAUGGAUGAUGCCACCGACUGGCUGAAAGGUGGUGGCAACAUCGUGAUCCUGGAUGGGACACACAUAGCUCAUUAUCAGCGGCAGAAAGUACAUGACCAUUUUGAGAAACGUAUGAGCUAUAGGUGCUUGUUUAUUGAAUGUAUUUGUGAUGACAAUGGCAUUCUUUCAAGGAAUGUCAAUGAAACAUUACAGAAUAGCCCAGAUUAUAAAGAUAUGAAUUCUGAAAAGGCUAUGGAUGAUUUCAAUCAUAAAAUACAGCAUUAUGUUGAACAGUAUGAACCUUUGAGCUCAAAACAUGAGCCGCAAUACCGUUUCAUCAAGUACAUCAAUGAUGGAGAGUCAAUUGCUACCCACAAGGUCACAGGUCAUCUUGAGGCUAAAGUUCUGAUGUUUCUUUCAAAUUUCAGGCCAGCUCCAAAAACAUUUUACUUUUCAAGGCACGGAGAGAGUGAGAAUAAUGUAUUAGGUCGCAUUGGUGGUGAUGCAGAUUUAUCACCACGAGGUCGAAUAUAUGCCAAAUCUUUGGCACAACAUAUCAAUGCUCUCCAUAUCCCCAACUUGAGGGUGUGGACCAGUGAACUGAAGCGCACAAAGCAAACAGUCGAGGGAAUUGGAGCUCCUGUGGAACACUUUUCAGAGUUGAAUGAAUUGGAUGCUGGUGUUUGUGAAGGUCUCAGUUAUGAAGAGAUGCAAGAGAAGUUCCCUCAGGAAUUUGCAUGGCGUGACCAAGAUAAACUUAGGUACCGUUAUCCCUGGGGUGAAUCGUAUAUCGAUAUAAUGAAUCGUUUGGAGACAAUCUUGCUAGAGCUGGAACACAGUGAGAACAUAUUAGUUGUCAGCCAUCAGGCUGUACUACGAUGUGUACUGGGAUAUUUUCUCAAUAAGCAACCAGAGGACCUUCCAUACAUAAAUGUCCCACUGCACACAGUCAUAAAGUUGACAUCUGAUGGCUACCACUACAAAAUGGAAUGUACAAGGUUGCCUGUAGAAUGUGUUGAUACCUACAGACAACAGCCAAAGAAUUGCUCUCCAGAUCGCACAACGCAAGAUGCUCUCAUUACUGUACCUUCCCAUUAUGAUGCUCUUGACCUGUGGAAACUGAAACAAUCACUUAUUGAGCAGCAUUGAACAGAUCUAGUGUAGCUGACUUUUAAGUUUCACAUGUGAACACAAUGUUUUGUAAACAUAUGCUGAGUGCAGAAAUGAGGUUUAGAUACUGCUUGUUGAAAUAUGCUGUGUGUGACAUCACAUUGGCAGAUUGAAAGUACAACUUAAUUUUAAUGAGAGACCAACAGACACUGUUGAAGUUUUUUUUAUAUAUUCUGAAAUUAAAGUUUUUAGAUCUAUGUUCUAUACCUUUUAUGAAUGUAUUUUGUAUAGAGCAUCAAAGUAGUUUUGGACUAAAAUUGUAGAUUAUCAUUCAGAGUAGGAAAGAGUACUUUGUACCAGGCCAUUUUAUGAAAUUUCUACAUCCUUAUUAUCCCUGUCAUUCCAGUGGUAAAACAAAUUUUGACAUAACUGAAAUUCAAAUUUAAAAUUCAGUAUUUAUGUCAAGCAAUAUAUGCAUGCAGUAGGUUUUUGUCUGUGGUCGAGAUUACUUGCCAAUUUUAUUGUGAAGUUCCUAUUAGAUCAGUGAAUAAAUUGUAUUAUGGAUAAAGAAGAUACUGCUUCCUUGCAUAUGAUCUGUGCUUCUGGGAAUAAGAACCAGCAGAACAGCAAUGUCACUGAACAUAAUAUACUUUUAAGUGAGCUGUAACAGGAUAAUAUCUGUGCCAAUUGUUUGUUGCAAGUUAGCUCCAUUUUUUUAUAUUGCAUUUUGCAUGUUUUCAUGCAAAACUUCUAGAAUUGCAGUAUCCUGUGUUCUGAAGGUUGUUAACACAAUGGUAGCUUUUAUUAAGUACUUAAGAUCUUAUUCGUUUGUUAUAAUAAGAAAGUUUUUAAAGACUACAGGCUUGGCUGCAGUUUGUAUACUGCAUCAGGUGUUGUAUUCAUGCAGUUCAAUGCAAGUUUUAUCAACAAAACCAUUUUUUAUAAAAAAAAUACUCUAGUUAUUGAAUUGUGUUACUCUGUAUUAAUGUGACUAAGGAAAUUUGUCCCCCCAUAGUCAUGUAACAACAAAAGAAGUGCAAGAUCUGACUGAUAAUGUAAGUAAUCCCCAAACGUGCCUCAUUGUGAACUAUGUGGAAAGCGAACCUGAGUGUUGAGUGAAACAGUGAUGCAAAUUUUUGGGGUGUCGUUUGAAUAUAAAAUGUAGUGAAUACAGAGUUACCUGUGGUAUGACUGUUAUAAGAGGGGCAAGCCCACAGGUGCUAUUGUGUUGUUUAUUGUGGUCAAUUAUGUCCGUAGUAUUUAAUUGCCAUUCACAAAUCUUUUUUAUGUGAUUACUGUGAUCUUUUUUAUAUGCAAAUAAUAUUUAAUAAAAAAACUAUUCAAAAUUA